AAAGCCAAAAGGUAAGGUAACACGAGUGAUGUCAAGCUGGACGAUGAUACGACACGUUCUCAGGGAUUUAGAGUGAACCGAUUCAAUUUAUAUAGAAAACUUAAUGUACAGCAAUGGACAAGCUCAGAGCAGUUCUGGGUGGUCGUGAUGGAAACAAUGACAACAGAAAUAUAAUGCAGGCGGCGAAUGAGGCGUCCACACUGGGAUGGGGAACGCGAGUGAAAGGAUUUCUCGUCUGUAUGGUCAUCGGAGUAGUUUGCACUAUCCUGGGAGUAUGUUGCCUGUUUAUUCCUAAAAUAGGGGUGAUUCUCUUCAUUGUGUUUUACACAUUCGGCAACGUAUGUUCCUUAAUAAGCACCAUGUUUCUGAUGGGGCCAGUGAAACAGCUGAAACGGAUGUGUGACAAGACCAGAGCCUUUGCUACAGUUGUUAUGAUAACAUGUAUGGUUCUCACACUAUGCGCAGCUUUUUGGUGGAAGAUCUUCGCACUCACUUUACUGUUUGUCAUUCUGCAAGUCCUUGCAUUUGCGUGGUAUAGCUUGUCAUACAUUCCCUUUGCAAGAGAUGCCGUCCUCAAGUUUUUCUCCAUGCUGUGCACCAUGUGUGUGAAAUGAAGAGCUGAGGCCUUUCAUCACUCCAGGGACUUUCUGCUCAAGUAUUCUGUGAUUUUAGGAUGCACAAAUGAACAUUGACAGAAUGGCACAAUGGGACAUUGCUGUAAUGGGUAGUUGGACAUUUUGUUAAAUCUGAAUGUAAAGAAUAAGUCUGCCUUCCACUGAAGGUGUUUUAUUUUAAAUAUGUUGUAAAACAGAAAAGGUUAUUAGACAGGACUUCUCUAAAAUGGAUAUUUAUAAAAUCAAAUAUUUUGGGGGUGGCUUUUGAAAGUGGCACUUUUAGUUUUCUCUAAGUUUGUCUUAAUGUGUGAUAACAUCAUGUAAAUAAAGACUAGUUUAAUCAACUUGUUCUUUGGUGUAAAUAAAUUGUUUCAUAAUUGUGACACUGUCACAGAUGAUUUGUCUGAAUUUUGUGAAUUAAAGACCUGCAGUACACCUA